AUGUCGUCCAACGAAGUUAUCGACUCUGGCUCUCACUGGAAAGAGAAGCCUCGCCUUGCCUGGGCUGGAUUUAUUGCAUCUCGUUUCCAGACCGAACACCGCCUAGACGAGUUGGAUUACGAGCUUGAGCUCUUGCAAGAGUUUUCUGUACAGGCGAGGGCGCAACGAAACGCGCUUACCGCGAUCUCUAAACUUCCUACCGAGAUCAUCUGCCAUAUAUUUGGCUUAUUGUGUCAAAACUGGGCUCCUCGGAGCAGGUGGGAGGGUGCUUCGAAUGACGGCGAUUCCGAAGUUGCCGGCUAUCCAAAUCGUCGGGGAAUCGGGUAUGAUCUAGGAUGGAUGAAAGUCAGCCACGUCUGCGCCUCAUGGAGAAGGAUUGCUCUUUCUACUCCCUCACUCUGGUGUGAUAUCCACUGCGCAAGUCUCGCUCCGGGCAUAAGAAAGGCUGUCAUUGGACGGUCCUCGGAUCGACCUUUGAACAUGAAGCUUGAUUAUUCAAGAGGCCCUACCCACCUGAGUGCCGCUGAAUGGAGCGCCAUGUGGUUAGACAUCCAGACGUCUACAAUCCCUGUACCUGGUUAA